GUUGGGGGCUCGUGACGCACCGAAGAAGUUGAAUUAUUUUAUCUGUGUGUAGGCAAAAGCUGGUUUAACGGUCGUUAAACACUUGAGGCCCGUUGACUGAUGCCCUCUCAGCUUAAACAAAGUGUGCGUAGUUUCAUACCUUGCUUUUGAAAAAAAGCUUCAUCAUGCCUUCAAUGCCGCAGUAGCGUAUCACGCAGGCGCUCAUGUUAACCUGAUGAUGGAGAGAGCAGCCCCAUUGCUUUGCAGAUUCGCUGGCGCUUCAUUUACGCACAUAGAUCAUGCGCUCAUUACAUUCACUGCCAAUGAAAUACUACUUUAUAGGUGACACACGCCAAUCCGGGCAUUGAUGGAAGAAUAAGCGCCAUGUAACGUGUGUUUCACUGUGUGGCGCCUUGCAGAAUAUGCGAGGCAUCGCACCGUCACGCUCCCGCGAGAUGUUUCACUGUCGUCACCCUGUCAUGCCAAACUUGCAGGGCAGGUGGACCAUCCAUGUGAAGCGCAGCGACAACAUCGUGAAGCGGCCGUUCGAGGUGGAGGAGUACGUGCUGCCCCGCUUCGAAGUCACCAUCACCGGCCCUAAAUACAUCACUAACCAAGCCAACACCGUCACCCUCAAAGUCUGCGCCACCUACACGUUCGGGAAGCCGGUGCCGGGCGCUGCCCUGAAGCUGUUGGUGUCCCGUCCGUCGACGUUCUUCUUCCGACGCCGGCACGGGUCAAGUUCCGAGAAGCCGCCGCCUUCGAACGUGACCUUCACGGAGGAGACGGACACGGACGGCUGUGUCGAGAUCGACGUCGUGCUGGCAAAGAUCGGACUAGGAGGUGCCGUCACUCGCCGCGUCUAUGCGAGUAGGGUAAGACUCGCGAAAUGUUCCAGACUAGGUGCUUUUACAGGCGGAGACAUUAACCAGACGACUUCCCACACUUCCAGACUAGGUGCUGUUACAGUGCACUCGGCCACCUGA